AAUAGUAGAGGAGGUAACAUUAAUUACUAGCUAGUAUAGCCUAGCACUACUGCUACUAUAAAAUGUAGAUAUCAGUGAAGGAAGCUUUCAGUGUUUGUAUUCAAUCAAUCACUAAAACAAAUAUAUACACAUACAUAUAUAUAUAUAUACACACAUACAUAUAUAUAUAUAUGGGGAGUGGUGGAGCUGUUUUGAGUGAAUAUGUUUUGGUGGUUUAUUUGUUGUGGUUAACAAUACUAGCAGGGAGGGCUUGUUCCCAAGAGGCCCAAGUGCCUUGUUUCUUCAUCUUCGGUGACUCAUUGGUUGACAAUGGUAACAACAAUGGGAUACUUACUCUUGCAAGGGCCAACUAUAGGCCUUACGGCAUCGACUUUCCACAAGGCACCACUGGUCGCUUCACCAAUGGUCGAACAUAUGUAGAUGUUCUUGCUCAACUUUUAGGGUUCCCAAAUUACAUUCCGCCGUAUGCAAGAACUCGGGGCAGCGCACUAGUUAGAGGAGCAAAUUUUGCAUCAGGAGCAUCUGGCAUUCGAGAUGAAACUGGCAACAAUCUGGGUGAUCACAUGUCGAUGAACCAGCAGGUUGCCAACUUCGGUAGAGCGGUGCAACAAAUGAGUAGGUACUUCAGGGGAGAUUUUAAUGCACUGAAUAGCUAUCUCAGCAAGUGCAUUUUCUAUUCUGGAAUGGGAAGCAAUGACUAUUUGAACAAUUACUUUAUGCCCGACUUCUAUUCAACUGGUUCCGAUUAUACCAUAAACGCUUUUGCUGCUGCACUCCUCCAGGACUAUUCCCGCCAGCUAACGCAAUUAUACAACUUCGGAGCUCGUAAAGUAGUUGUAACAGCAGUUGGUCAAAUCGGUUGCAUACCUUAUCAGCUUGCUCGGUAUAACAGUAACAAUAGCAGCAGCAGGUGCAAUGAAGAUAUAAAUAAAGCAAUUAUUCUCUUCAACUCCGGCCUCCGGAAAAUGGUCGAUCGUUUUAAUAAGGGGCAGUUGCCUGCAGCAAACUUCGUAUUUCUGGAUUCAUACCAGAGCACCAAAGACCUUGUGCUUAAUGCACGCUCUUAUGGAUUCGAAGUGGUAGACAAAGGAUGUUGUGGGGUGGGAAGGAAUAAUGGGCAGAUAACAUGUCUUCCUCUCCAACAAGCUUGCGACGACCGCCGGAAGUAUUUGUUUUGGGAUGCCUUUCAUCCCACUGAAGUUGCAAACAUCGUUCUUGCCAAGAAAUCAUACACUUCCAAAUCACACUCGUAUGCGUAUCCAAUUAAUAUUCAACAGUUAGCUAUGCUCUAAGAUAUAUGGAUGUUUUUAUCUUCAAAAAUAAUCUGAUUAGUGUUCUUUAUUAAAAUGGUUUAUGAGUUUAUAUAUCCUUUCCAAAAUGACUAAUUGUAAUGGCAUUAAUGUGUGCUUCUUUAUGUUUAGCAUUGUAUGCUUACUAUUAAGAAUUUCCAUAAAAGGGUUAUUUGUCAUAUGUCAUUGUU